GCAUCUACUUUCUGGCCUUUCCCCAUGACCGACGGCGGGACAAAGCGCUGGUGUGGGCCAUCCUUGCAGUCGAAAUCGUUCAGACAAUUAGCAACAUCAAAGACAAGAGCAGGGUAUUCGGACACGGAUGGGGAGACCCUAGCGAACUGAAUAAGGUUGGGAUGGUGUGGUUCAAUGUGCCCCUUCUUGGUUCUAUCGUCGCGGCGGUCGGUCAGACCUUCUUUGCGUACAGAAUAUAUAUCAUUGGGAAGAGCUGGUAUCUCCCUGCAUUCAUCACACUUAUGUCUCUGGCUCAAUGUGGUGCUGGUAUCUGGACUGGUGUGAUCAUCGACGAGCGGGGCACAUUCUCCAACCUCCAAUUCAACUUCUUCAAAGCACCUGCUGCGUGGCUUAUCCUGACCGCCGCGAACGAUAUCGUUAUCGUUGUCGGGACGUGCUACUGUCUGCUCAAAGCACGCGCGCCGGGCUUCUCGCGCGCCACGGAAAACAUGCUCUCGCGCGUCAUGAAAGUAACCACCAUCACUGGCCUUGUCUGUGCAGUCCUGGCAUUGGCGGAUCUAACCAUUUUUGCCGUGUUUCCCCAGGCCAGCUUCCAUUUGGGCCUCUGCAUGGGUUUGUCCAAAGUGUACUCGAAUAGCAUCCUGGUUAUCCUGAAUUCGCGCGCUCGAAUCUCGCUCCGUCGUGACGAGGCACCAAGUGAGGUGUCGGGCUUAAACUUCAGACUGACAGGCCUCAAGACUGGCGGUGGCGCCGAUACCGGUUUUGAAACCAGACAGUCAACAGACAUGUAGUUCAUACCAAUAAGUAAGGCUCCCAUCCGCCUGGCGCCGUGAAACCAAGUGUGAUUGAUCGUCACCCUUAACUCCUGCUCGCCGCGGUUCUCGGAAAAACCAUUUUUAAGUUGUCAUCCGCGAUAUCGUCUGAUGCUCUCAUAUUGGAAGAAUUCAGUCUGGUCAUCCUCAAGGCUCAGUGGAGUCGGACCAGUUGUGGCUUGAUGGAGCGGAAGAUCCACACGUGAUACACUGCCACUUGUAUCCAUCCACAGUGCCAGUCUCUCGCGACCGUCACGAGCCGUUACGGUGAGGUCGAAAGACAACCACUUCUGUUUCCUUGGCAAGCCAAACGCGGGUGUGGUCUAUCUGCGCUCAUCUUUCCGUCGCCUGGGCCGUAUCAUCGUGGUGAUCACCACUGCAUGUCGUCGAUCAUACUCGUGCAGCGCGCGCCAUCGCUUCAACGGGCCUCGAUUCCGCGGGAAGAUCCAGCUGGGGACUAAGGAAUCUGACGGGAUCCACUUUCCCUCGGCCCUCCAGGCAAUUGCCAUCUCCUAGUCUCCACCAUUGCUUUUCAUCACCCCUUGGAACACGGAAGCGCGUCUAUACUUGUACUGGUCGCGCUCCACAUAAUGAAGACUAGAAAUCUCGCUCUUCCUGCGGCUUUUCCCUAGAGCGAGUUCUCUCAACUCUUUGUAUCAAUCUCCUCUGCUUCUCUGAUCUGUGUUCUGGCGAACUAUGCCUGCGACGAGUGCUUUGUCAAAUAUCGGGAACGGGACGAUCCCACUCUUCGUAGGGACCCUGGUGAACGUCAUCCUAUUCGGCGUCCUCCUUGUGCAAGUUUACAUCUAUACUCUGGCGUUUCCCCGCGACCGGCCGCGCGAAAAAGCGCUCGUCUUUGGUGUGCUCGUGAUCGAACUGCUGCAGACGACUGGCGACAUCCGGGACAAAGUGCGGAUAUUCGGCACUGGAUGGGGGAAUAUGGACGUCCUGGAUCAAGUGGGAUGGGUGUGGUUCAGCGUGCCUGUACUAGGAUCAAUGGUUGCGGCUGCUGGUCAGACCUUUUUUGCAUACAGGAUAUCGAUCUUCUCGCGAGCUACCUGCUACCGGGUCUCAUCGCCUUGGUCGGUCUCUAUGCCUUCCCUGCCUCUGACGUCGCUCCUCACGCAUCGAGAACAGCUCGCCGUCGUCCAAUGCGGUGCCGGCAUCGGGACUGGUGUGCAAAUCAGCCAACGCGGGAGGUUCUCCAACCUGCAGUUCAACUUCUUCAAAGUUCCGGUCGCGUGGCUGGCCUCGACAGCCGUGAACGAUAUCAUCAUCGUUGCCGGGACCUGCUACUAUCUCCUGAAAGCGCGCACACCGGGCUUCACACAAGCGACGGAGCACAUGCUUGGACGUGUCAUCAAGGUUACUGCGCUUAUGGGGUUUAUCUGUGCGGGAUUGGCGUUAAUCGAUCUGAGUCUCUUCAUCUCCUUUCCUGGGGAGAGCUUUCAUCUAGGUGUGUGCAUGGGCCUGUCGAAGGUGUAUUCCAACAGCAUUCUGCUUAUCCUCAAUUCGCGCGCUCGACUCUCGCUUCACCGCGAAGACACAUCCGCCCACGCGGUCUCGCUCAGUGUCAAUCUCAACUCACAAGGCUCGUGGAGGCCGCAAUCCCACUCGAAAGCUACGAGGGAUUCUCAGGCCACAGAACCCGAUUGCGCGUCGACGGAGUUUGGUCAUGGAUCCCUAGCCAAGACAGUGUAAGAUGUGGUGUGACACAUUUAGCAUGUUCGUGUAUGGAUUAUGAACAGGCUGUGUUCGAGGUCGUAGUCUAUUGGCUCCCAGACCAUAUUGCGGAGGGGAUUCUUCAUCCCAUCGCAGCCGCUAGAAGUUUGGGGAAGAUGGGUGUGCCCAUGCCAGCUGCAAUCACGUGAGCUGGAUGCUUCUGAAAGCCACCACGACAUACUCAACGGAUCCCAGCCCUUUGUGGCUUCAAACGCGACCGAGGAGGGAGGACAGACAUCGCCCGUGUUGCGCCCGG